UUUUGAGCCAAAUGGUCACAUCUGCCAGCAUACAGGAUUGGGUUCAUGAUGAAUUGAGUCAACAACCUUCAUUGAACCUGGUUUUACCACAAAGACCAGAACAUAUAUUAACAGAUUGUAUGCACGUCACAUCAGAAGACGGUGACUUCUUUUUCAAAAGCAAUGGUGUCGAAGAUUCUUCAGCAGAAGUUCCAGUUUGUGGUCUCUAUUUGAUCACAGAAGCCAACAUGAGGGUCGAAUUGACUAUAAGACAUUUUGAUGUACCUUGCGAAGAUGGUGGACUAAUUGCAUGGAUCGACGGCUGGGAGCUAAACGGCGAGAUCUUCCCUUCGCCUUCGGACCAUCCUUCGGCGAUGCGGGACCGCGUCGCCGAAAUGUGCGGCGCUUCCGGCCCUUCGUCGUCGUCCUCUUCGGCGGCGGCGGCUGCCGCGAGUUCACCGCUCCAGAGUUCCCUGACCGGAGCGCCGCUGACGGGGCGCCACUGGGUGGGAAGGACGCUGAGGAGCAGCCAGAAUGCGGCACUGCUCCAGUACAGGGUCGGAGGCAGGGGCCGGGGGUUCGGGGUCAGCGUCAGAUACGUUCAGAACCAUUCUCCUUGUAAUAUUCUGGUGGAGGGACUGGCUCCGUCGUAUACUUUGAGAAAUCACGGAAAACGUGGAAAUUGUACCCUGAGUGCCAUGUACCCAUCUGUUGUCAGAGUCUUAUCAAUGCAAGUCGGAGAUGACAGAGGAUUAGAGACUGGCACUUUGCACAAGUGUCAAAAACGUGGAAUUGACGACUUUGUAGAAAUUGGAGGCACUGAAGGUUUAGACAGUGUUUCAUUACAAAGUAUGCCCUCGAUAUGUGGACAAGAUUCCAGACCCGGGAGAGAGCAAGCGAUUUUCUGCGGCGUGAGCACGGUGCGACUGCAAUCUAGCGGCCGUUACAACAACCAAAUUACUUUGACAUUACGGCCGGCAGAGGAGCAAGACUACAGCGCCAUGUCGGCGGUCGUGUGCGGUGUCUGAAUCAACAAUUACAAUGCAAAUAAAUAAAAAUUUAAAAAAUGUAUUAAUAAAGACUAAUGGAGCUUUGCA